AUGACCGCCAUCCUCGACCACCGCUUCUACCCGCACAUCAUCGACCUCAUCUGGAGCCACAUGGACUACGAGUCCGUCGCCGCGUCCCGCGAGGUCUGCAGGGGGUGGCGGAAACGCGCCAACCGCGUUCUGCAACGGCAUCUCACGGUCCGCCCCGCUCCGUACCCCGACACGGACGACUUCCUCCUCUCCGUGAAGAGCUUCACGCACCCGGACGUUGCCUACCCCUCCUUCCUCGUCCAGAGGGAUGAUGCAAUCCACUCCGGCUUCCCAGCCACCGUGACGGGCAUGCUGAGCGACGAGUCGGUCAAGGACCUCUUCUCCAACAUCCGAUACUUGGACCUGCAGCACGUGCAGGGCAUGGAGGAGACGGCGGUCCUGCUCAGCCUCGUCAUGGGCCUGAAGACGCACUACGGCCUGCGCGUGACACGCAACGCCAUGCAGCUCUACGGAGACGUGUACCCCGAGGCUGACACUGGGGUGUACUUUGUCAACUCGCGCGAGACCACAGAGGGCAACCCCCUCGUGAGCAUGUAUGCGCGCAGCCUCGUGAUCAACCUCGACCAGCCGCCCAUCUCCUAUGGACCCCUCCCAGACGACGAGGUUGAGGACGAAGGCACGCUGUGGGAGUGGCUCUCGAGCUAUACUCCUGGCAGGCUGAAGCAGCUCACCCUAGUUUUCCACCCUAGUGAUGAAGAAAGGGGCACGUUCCAGACAUACGCGGCGCCGAAUCCGCGCGCCGUCGCUGGGCAGACGAUCAGAUGGCUGGGGGAUCGCUGGAUCUCCGCUACCACGCUGCUGGUCGGCAUGGAGCGCUUCUUCAGGUCCAUGGACGAGUAUCGAGAGUAUAAGCGGCAGAUGAGGGAGUAUGCGGCUCACCAGGCGGAACGCAUUACUGGCACUCCGAAGCGGGGGAGGAACCUCAAGAUCUUCACGCAUGAUGAGUAUAGGAAACGUAUUGGGGACGCGACGUAUACGCUGUAUACGGAGCAGUAG